GAAGCCAGUCAUGAAGCCGCUGGUGGAAAUGCAUUAUGGGAUUGCAUGAAGCUUUGAGUGAGGACAUUAUCAUUAUAAACAGAGUAAUGCACGUGGAGGUGGAGAGGAAGUUCGUGUGUGACUCACACAUCCUAGAGAAACUGAAGGACAUUGGAGCUGUUUGUUUGGGUCAGUAUGAAUUUAAAGACCAGUACCUCGACACAGCAGACUUCACACUGACCCUAAAAGAUUUCUGGCUGAGAAAACGAGAAGGAUCCUGGGAGCUAAAACGGCCCACGUCAUCAAAUCCGAAUACAAAGACAAGGGCACAGGAUGUGUGCACCAAUUACAGAGAGAUCACUGAUGUGCUUCACAUCAGAGCUGAGCUCAUGUCUAUCAUGGGCAUUUAUGCAGAACCCACCACAGACUCCUGCGAUAAAGACGUUCAUGCUGAGUUUGAAAAGUGGCUGCAGGAUAUGAACCUGGAGUGUUUUGCGGAGUACACCACUGUAAGGUGUUCUUAUGCGCUGGAGUGCGAAGUGGAGGACCAAAGAGUCCGGGUCGAUCUGGAUCAGGCCGAUUUUGGCUACUGCGUUGGAGAGAUUGAAGUUCUUGUUUCGGAAGGGGUUGAGACGGCGUCUACGAUGCAGAGUAUCGAGAAGACGGCUCAAAAAUUAGGUCUCGGAGGUGAACAGAAAGCACAGGGGAAAAUGGAGGUGUAUCUUCAGAGAUUUCGGCCAGAUCACUAUGCAGCGCUUCUUAAAGCUCAUGUACUGUGAAGUAACUGUAGCUAACAUUUUAUUCAUUCGUUAGAACGAGAAUGAAUACGUGUCUGAAGUGAAAUGUAAAUAUGUGCAGUUUAGGCAAAUCAAUAUCAUCAGCCUGACCGUAUAAAAUGUUGAGAUGAGGGAAUUUUUUUGCAGAUUUAGGGGGAAAAAAGUUUUUUUCCAGCAAAUUAAUUGAAAGUAUUCUUAACCAGGGCAAACUUUCCUGUUAUCAUGGUUUAUUAAAUAUCAUAUAAACACCCGAUACAGCUUCUUCCAGACCUCUGAAUUAAUGUGUGAUGGAUGUGUGGAAGUUAAAGUUUUAGAACUCUUGUCAGAAAACUGAAUAGUGAGUGUUUAAAUAAUAUUAUAGCUUAAUAAAUACUGGAAAUUGUAUUGAUCUGUCUGAUGAUAUUUAAUAUUUCUGUUUGUGAUGAUUAAAGAGUUUAUAAUCUC